GCCCGGACUUUGGGCCUUUUCUUGAGUCCCGGUUUUAAAGGCAUGCCAGCUACAGCAUUCAAGAGGGCCGUUCCUUAACAAAGGGAAAGAGAUAAAUGUAAAUAAGCUCACAUUUUCAGAAGGAGCAGUUUGCUGUAAGAAGCUUCAGCAGCCAGAGUCUGCUACUUUGGGCUGGGAUAAACUUUCCCUGUAAAAAAAAGAAUAAUAAUAGAUUAAAAUAUGCACUUCUAAAGUGCGAGUUUCCCGUUUACAUGUUUAUUAGCUAAUUGUCUACAGGCAUGAGCACACUCUCUCAUCUAGCACACUCUUUCUUGGGGAAUACUGGUCUCUGGAGGAGUGUGAAAAUCAAUUCUCCUUAAUGUUAAGUAUCCAUUGGAGGAAAUCUCUAACCACAGUACCUCCGGAAAGUUCAUUGAUCAACCAAGUCUUGGAUAAAAUUGGUGCCAGAAUUUGGUUUGAACUAAUGUGGAGGAAAACAUUUCCUACCAGUCUUUAGUCUCAGAGUGCUGAACCCUGCAGCCUGCAGGCCUCCUGAAUAAAAGUCCAUGGGUGACAGAAGAUUCAUUGACUUCCAAUUCCAAGAUUUAAAUUCAAACCUCAGACCCAGGUUGGGCAACGCUACUGCCAAUAAUACUUGCAUUGUUGAUGAUUCCUUCAAGUAUAAUCUGAAUGGUGCUGUCUACAGUGUUGUAUUCAUCCUGGGUUUGAUAACCAACAGUGCCUCUCUGUUCGUCUUCUGCUUCCGCAUGAAAAUGAGAAGUGAGACAGCUAUUUUCAUCACCAAUCUGGCCCUCUCUGAUUUGCUCUUUGUCUGCACUCUACCUUUCAAAAUAUUUUACAAUUUCAACCGCCACUGGCCUUUUGGUGAUACCCUCUGCAAGAUCUCUGGGACUGCAUUCCUAACCAACAUCUAUGGGAGCAUGCUCUUCCUUACCUGUAUUAGCGUGGAUCGUUUCCUGGCCAUUGUCUAUCCCUUCCGAUCCCGUACCAUUAGGACCAGGAGGAAUUCUGCCAUUGUGUGUGCUGGAGUCUGGAUCCUCGUCCUCAGUGGUGGUAUUUCAGCCUCUUUAUUCUCCACCACUAAUGUCAACAAUGCAACCACCACCUGCUUUGAGGGCUUCUCCAAACGUGUAUGGAAGACAUAUCUGUCCAAGAUAACCAUAUUUAUUGAAGUUGUUGGUUUUAUCAUUCCUUUGAUACUGAAUGUCUCUUGCUCUUCUGUGGUGCUAAAAACCCUCCGUAAGCCUGCUACAUUGUCUCAAAUUGGGACUAAUAAGAAAAAAGUGCUGAAGAUGAUCACAGUGCAUAUGGCAGUCUUUGUGGUAUGCUUUGUACCCUAUAACUCUGUUCUCUUCCUGUAUGCCCUGGUGCGCUCCCAAGCCAUUACCAAUUGCUUGUUGGAAAGAUUUGCAAAGAUUAUGUAUCCAAUCACCUUGUGCCUUGCAACUCUAAACUGUUGCUUUGACCCUUUCAUCUAUUACUUCACCCUUGAGUCCUUUCAGAAGUCCUUCUAUAUCAAUACCCAUAUCAGGAUGGAGUCUUUGUUCAAGACUGAAACACCUCUGACCACAAAGCCUUCCCUUCCAGCUAUUCAAGAGGAAGUUAGUGAUCAAACAACACAUAAUGGUGGUGAAUUAAUGCUAGAAUCCACCUUCUAG